AUGUCACUAAAGGAGGUGAGGGGAGCUCUCUUACAGUACACUAGCUGUGCUGACCCUUCCGAGAGCGCGGCUCGUCGAGAGAGACUCCGCCAAGCUGAAGCUCAGGGUACUUUGGAUGAAACAGCUGCCCAAGUUGUUCGAUCCUCCUUCCCUGUCAGUGAGUCUGAGAGACCGCUGUCGCCCCUCCCCAACUCUGGCACUACUCGCACCCCUAUUGCCAGGAGACUUGGAGCCCAACCCGAUAAGGCCAUUGCUUCCUCCUCGCGAGUUCCAAUAAUGGAACGAUUAGGCCCUCUGGUAGAUGAAGCUAUAUCUGAGGAGCGGAUUAAUCUUGAGACUGCUCCCCCUCCACAAAAAAGAAAACCAGGAAGGCCUCCAGGGAGAAAAACAGUUAAUGCCAGUCCACUAAAACUGGGAGGUGCGGGGCUGAGAAGGAGGAAAGUUCUAUCCAACAAACCCCCCCCCCCCUGGAAGGAAAAACAGUUCAGCAGCUACGGCUAA